AAGCAGCUGGCCAAUGAACAUUAAGCUCCCGCCUCUUCAAGACGUGCGUAGUUUUUGUCUGGUUCUCUUGGGGUUGUCUUCAAGUAAGUUGGACUCAUAACAGAGAAAUUAACUUUCAUUUCAAGAUUUAAACAUCAUGAAUAGCUUAAUAAGAUAUACUGCUCGAUGUCUGCGGUCCGGGGUGGCGUGCUCUCUACCCGGAUACUCCGAAGGACGCAUGUGGACGGCGUCAAGCCGGCUUCUGUGCGCUGCGGCGGGCCUCCACAAAGACCUUGAUGGGAUGGUGAAGAAGGACAAGGUGGUUGUCUUCAUGAAGGGGACACCGGCGCAGCCGAUGUGUGGUUUCAGCAACGCCGUGGUCCAGAUCCUCCGUAUGCACGGCGUGGACGACUACGCAGCGUACAACGUCUUAGCCGACGAAGAUCUCCGGGAAGGAGUCAAAGCCUUCUCCAAUUGGCCGACAAUUCCUCAGGUGUACUUCAACGGCGAGUUCGUGGGUGGUUGCGACAUCCUCCUGCAAAUGCACCAGAAUGGUGAUCUGGUGGAGGAGUUGAAGAAACUGGGCAUCCAGUCUGCUCUACUGGACGCAGAGAAAGACUCAAAGUAGAGGAACUUAAAAAAAAAAAGUGCUAAUGAAACAGAGGACAUAUUUACCAGGUUGAAUCCAGGCAAAAUUGGAUCACCCUUCUGGUGUGACUAAGGGUGGAUGGUAUGAGCGGAUUCACUUUAACCUCACUACUUAGUUGCCCUUAUAUACAUUAUUCGGGCAGUCAUUUAACUAUUAAAUAUCAGUACAACAAAUACAUUUUCUCUACUGACUACUCAAAAGCUGCCAUUGUCUUGUACCAUGUCACCAUGUCACUUUAAGACCAAAAUGACUCCUCCGGUUUGACAUUCGGAGUGAUGUCAUCACACUAGAAUUGAGCAAAGAAGGGUCAAUUCUGUCUUGAGUUAUUUAAUUCAAUAAAAAAUGGAUAUUGCUAAACAGGCAUUCAAUGGAAGCCAUACGUUUCUUAAAUGCACACCCUCUGUUUUAAAGUGAAGAUCCGCUGAAACGCAACAAAUUAUCACUGUAUCACUGUAGUUUUGUUUUUUUUCCGCUCAUUUGUGGUGGCCUGCCACAUAACAUUUGGUGCUUCCUGGGCUGCCACAGAUUAAGACGCAGUGGAAGGCAUGACCACUGAAUUGCAAGAUAAUGUACAUUUCUGUCAUAAUCCGAUGUAUUUUAAGUAAACUAUGUGACAAUUAAAAUAUUUUAUGACGCAAUUUGAGUGAUGUGGACCACACAAGACAUCAGACCGCAGAUUUAUCAUCAUACAAAAUACUAUUUUACAAAA